GUCUUGCGGCAUCUCAUGGCACAAGGGUUCUCGUGGCAGGAUGGCAUCACCCAGUAUGUGAUCUCGCAGGAGAUGGAGCGCAUCCCCCGCCUCCGCCUGCCGCCCUCGCUGGAGCCGGCUGCCAGGGACAGGUUCCUGCCCCUCCGCGGCUCCCCUCGGCGAGCCCCGCUCCCUGCAGACCCCGGCCUGCCAGCGGCUCAGCAUCUGGGGCAGCCCCCGCCGCUGCUGCCCUCCCCCAUGGUGCAGCGGUACCUGGAGCACCUCCUGCUGCCCCCCCCGCCCCAGCUGGGCUACGAAGAGGCUCUGCUCAACCCCUACUCCUACCACAAGUUCGGCUACCAGGACAGUGCUCACCAGCUCCCCGGUGGCUCAGCCAGGCAGACCCCGGAGACCUCCUCGCUGCUGGGCCGGGUCCCUGCGCAGGCACUUUUUGGGGCCGGCCCUGUGCCCUCCUAUGGCGAGCAGCCAGGAACGGAUGGGGGGCAUCUCUUCCAGGACUUGGGCAUGCUCUCCCUGCCCAGAGAGAAAGCUGGCCGUCCGGACCCUGCCGGCACCAGGCUCCAGCACAGCUUGCGGCUCCCCGGUGACUACAGGGACAUGGAGGAGAGGGAUCAGCCAGUGCCCCUGGCCGCCCAGCCACCCCCUGCACAGACAGACGCUGCCCUGAAGAGACUGGCCUCCCUCCUGGCCAGCUAUGGCCUGGGGCUGCCGGAGCUGAGCCCCCAGCAGCUGAGCAGCCUCUCCACCCUCCUCCAGCUGUUCCAGAGCUCUGGUGUUACUGGCCCGGAAGCACCCACAGCAAAACGGGUGGGUUUGCAGCAGGGUGGUGCUGGAGGAGGUGCCACGCCACAGGUGACGGAAGGGGAUAUGCAGCACGGAGAGGAGCCAGUGCCCCCUUCCUCCACAGUGCUGCCCCCCAAAAUCCCAGCCAGCAGCUCCCCAGGGGAUAGGCCAAGGGGCAGGGCAGCAUCCUCGCCAGCCCCCCGGGCAGAGCCACAGCGGGGACAUGGAGGGGACACGCUCAGCCCCGGGAAGCCGAUAGCGGUGGAGAAGAAGAGCUACACGGAGGCGAAGGAUGGUGGGGUGCAGCGGGGCACACGGCCACCAGACGAGUAUGGCUACGUUGUCACGGACCAGAAGCCCCUGGGGCUGGCUGCUGGCGUGCGGCUGCUGGAGCUCCUCGCCAAGCGCCUCCACCUCUCCACAGCCAGCUUCAUCAACAUCAGCGUCGUGGGCUCUGCGCUCACCUUCCGCAUCCGGCAGAACCCCCAGAACCUCUCACUGGCGGACGUGGCCAGCCAGGCUGAGCAAGUGAAGGCAGAGCUGGAGGCAGAGUUGGGCCUGAAGAUCGUGCAAACAGGAGUGGGAGAGCGAAAUGAGGCUGCCGCCUACUCACGCCCAUCCCGCUUUGGGGACAGCUUCCACUCGGUGCUGCUGACCUUCAUCGCGCUGGCCUGUGUGGCAGGCAUCGCCAUUGCGGCUGCUGCGGCCUUUUGCCUCCGGCGCCAUGCCAAGCAGCGGGAAAAGGAGCGCCUGGCCGCCCUGGGGCCCGAGGGUGCUGCCGACACCACCUUUGAGUACCAGGAGCUGUGCCGCCAGCACAUGGCUGCCAAAUCACUCUUCGGCCGCACCGAGGCACCAGCAGCACCAGCGGAGACCUCACGGGUCAGCAGCGUCUCAUCCCAGUUCAGCGACGCCCCACAGCCCAGCCCCAGCUCCCACAGCAGCACACCCUCCUGGUGCGAGGAGCCCGUCCAGUCCAACAUGGACAUCUCCACUGGACACAUGAUCCUGGCCUACAUGGAGGACCACCUCCGCAACCGGGACCGGCUGGCCAAGGAGUGGCAGGCUCUCUGCGCCUACCAGGCUGAGCCCAGUGUCUGCUCCGUUGCCCAGAGCGAAGCCAACCUGAAGAAGAACCGCAACCCUGACUAUGUGCCCUAUGACCAUGUGCGGAUCAAGCUGAAAGCCGAGAGCAACCCAUCCCGCAGCGACUUCAUCAAUGCCAGUCCGAUCAUCGAGCACGACCCACGGAUGCCAGCGUACAUCGCUACGCAGGGGCCGCUGUCCCACACCAUCGCUGACUUCUGGCAGAUGGUGUGGGAGCACGGCUGCACCGUCAUCGUCAUGCUGAGCCCGCUGGCAGAGGACAGCGUCAAGCAGUGUGACCGCUACUGGCCAGACGAAGGCUCCUCUCUCUACCACAUCUACGAGGUGAACCUGGUGUCAGAGCACAUCUGGUGCGAGGAUUUCCUGGUGCGCAGCUUCUACCUGAAGAACGUGCAGUCGCAGGAGACCCGCACCCUGACGCAGUUCCACUUCCUCAGCUGGCCGGCCGAGGGCAUCCCCACCACCACCCGGCCCCUCCUUGACUUCCGCAGGAAGGUGAACAAGUGCUAUCGGGGUCGCUCCUGCCCUAUUAUCGUGCACUGCAGUGACGGUGCAGGCAGGACCGGGACAUACAUCCUCGUCGACAUGGUCCUGAACAGAAUGGCCAAAGGGGUGAAGGAGAUAGACAUAGCUGCUACGCUGGAGCACAUCCGAGACCAGCGGCCUGGCAUGGUGCAGACGAAGGACCAGUUUGAGUUUGCGCUGACGGCUGUGGCUGAGGAAGUGAACGCCAUCCUGAAGGCGCUACCGCAGUGA